GGGGAGGGAGAAGAAGGAGGGGAUGGGGGGAAAGGGAAGAGGAAGAAGAAGGCAGCGUAUGCCGGAGGUCUGGUGCUGGAUCCUAAAGUUGGUUUCUACGACAAGUUUGUUCUGCUGCUGGACUUCAACAGUCUGUACCCCUCCAUCAUCCAGGAGUUCAACAUCUGCUUCACCACCGUGCAGAGGGAGGCGUACAACGCAAAGAAGAAGAACAACGAGGAGGACGGGUCGGAUGACAUUCCCGAAGUUCCCGAUCAGAGCCUGGAGAUGGGAAUCCUGCCCAAAGAAAUCAGGAAGCUGGUGGAGCGACGAAAACAAGUCAAACAGCUGAUGAAGCAGCAGGACCUCAACUCUGACCUCUACAUGCAGUAUGAUAUCCGUCAGAAGGCUCUGAAGCUAACGGCUAACAGCAUGUACGGCUGCCUGGGCUUCAGCUUCAGCCGCUUCUACGCCAAACCCCUCGCCGCCCUCGUCACACACAAGGGGAGAGAG